AUGCCCCCACGUCUAUCAAGGAGACUGGCGCAACUGCCUUUACAUUUUGGCGCCAUUCAAGCGCAAUUGACCACCCAAAAUGCCGUCCCCAUCCGUGCGUUUGGCAUUCGCUCCUUGAACCCUCCGAAGCACUCGAAAUUCAAUGACGGGCCCGACCUCCCCAUCCUCAAGUCGUCGCCCGCCGCAGCCCUCGAGCGGAAGGCAAACACGCUUCCGCUUCGUACCGGAGCUAUUGCGAUCAAGAAUGGAAUGACGGCCAUCUUUGAUCCUGAUACAGGGAAGCGCAUCCCGUGUACGGUUUUGCAGCUUGACCGUGUCCAGGUCAUCGCGCACAAGACGGUUGAUGUGCACGGAUACUACGCUGUGCAGAUGGGCGCGGGGUGGAAGCACCCUAGCAAUGUGACCAAGGCGUUAUUAGGUCAUUAUUCGGGACAAGGCGUUUCGCCAAAGCGGCAUGUGUACGAGUUCCGGGUGAAGGAUCGGAGCGGACUGCUGCCCGUUGGCGAGCUCGUCAGUGCGGAUUGGUUCCAGGAGGGUCAGUAUGUUGAUGCGAGGUCGAAUACAAAGGGUAAGGGCUUUGCCGGUGUAAUGAAGAGGCACGGCUUUGGCGGCCAAGAUCGCAGUCACGGUGUUAGUUUGACGCAUCGUUCGCUUGGUUCUGCUGGUCCUAGUCAAGGUGGUGGUUCUAGAGUGUACCCUGGGAAGAAGAUGGCGGGAAAUAUGGGGAAUGAGCAGAACACGGUGCAAAACUUGAAGAUACUCAAGGUCGAUGCGGAGAAUGGGCUAGUUCUGGUUAAUGGUUCUGUGAGCGGCCCCAAGGGAUGCGUCGUCAGGAUACAGGAUUCUAUCAAGAAGCCGUGGCCGAAAAUCCCAGAGACCAUUGUUGAAGCGUUGACAUAA